UUCAUGUUAUCAAUAGUGUAUCGAUAAGAGACUCGUAUAAGUGUAGAGGUCAUUUUCGUGGUGGUUUUGUUGAAUUAUUCGUAACUGCUAAAUUUCAUAUUGUAUUUUUAUAGGUUUAAAAUCUUUAAUACCGAAAAAUGGCAGUAUUUUUUCGAUCACGGUUGGUCACUCAACUUGCACAAGGAACAUCAAAAUGCUUUUCUCGAAACUAUGCCGAUCAAAUGAGUUUUACAUUUGCUGCUGCAAAUCAAGUUUACUAUACAGAACAAAAUGUUAAACAAGUUGAUGUACCAUCAUUCAGUGGUUCUUUUGGUAUUUUACCUAAUCAUGUGCCUACAUUAGCCGUUCUGCGACCUGGAGUUGUAACUGUGUAUGAAAAUGAUACAGUAUCUAAGAAAAUAUUCGUUUCAAGUGGAACGGUAACUGUAAAUGAAGAUUCUAGUGUUCAAGUUUUAGCUGAAGAGGCUCACCCAUUAGAAGAUUUAGAUGCGUCAGCUGCACGUCAAAUUUUACAAGAGUCUCAGAGUAAAUUAGCUACUGCUUCUGAUGAAGUUGCUAAGGCAGAAGCUGCCAUUGCUGUUGAAGUAGCUGAAGCUUUAGUAUUAGCAACAGGAAAUUAAAUUAUUAUAAAAUAUUGUAUAAUUAUAGCUUAAUAAUUCGUUUCAGAAUUUUUAUUAAAAAAAGUAGAUUGACUGAAGAAAAUUGAACAGAAAUUAUUUAA